AUGACAUCGUUGGGCUGCUUCAAACAUCAAUGCAACAGUGUCGCAAUCGCGACCAUUGUACUUCUGCUGACGAUGAUGAUUGAUGUACGAGAGCAGACGAUGCUGACGGAGCAUCCACCAACCACGGAGGAUCUACAAUAUUCUAAACAAAUCACCUCAAACAGUAGAAUCCAAUCUCCGACAAUGUCAUCGUCGGCAGCGACAACACCGUCCCCUCAGUCGAGUCCCGUGCCGGCGACAACUACCUUCUGGUUGGAGUCGUCUACGUCAUCGGCGGCUCUGCCGGUGACACCGUUACAUAUGGCAGCACUGCCAUUGCCGUCAUCGUUGACAGUGCCGGCUGAGAGUCUAAUCCGAGAUGUGACAUCGGCAGUAACGGACACGUCGACACGUCCAGAAGGGACGGCCGGGCAGGGAGCGGACCCGGGACCGGUGGAAACGACGCACACAGUACCAUCCGGUGCACGAUAUAGCCCUACCGGGACGCUACUGGGCGGUGUCUCCAGCGAUGCAGCGUCAACGGCCGUACAAUACGACGGCAGCAGUGCAAACAGCAAAUACACAACUUUUCGACCAUUACUAAUACCUACCUUACCUGACGUGCGGCGUAGUCGAAUUGUCCAUUCGAUGCCUUAUCAAAGCAAGCAUCAUCACGAACGUCAUUGGGGUCCUUUUUUCGAGGAACCGGUCAACGUGACUUCCGGGGCGGCCUUGCAGGUUGGAUAUCAUUUAUCAACGGAGGCUAUCCUCAACUGUAGGGUAGGAAUGCUUAAAGAUAAAACGGUGAUGUGGAUACGGCGGACCACCGAUAAGGUGUCGUUACUCACCGUUGGCAAUAAUACGUACAGCGGGGACCCGAGGAUAAAGGUCAAAUUUCAAUAUCCCAAUAAUUGGAGGCUACAUAUCAACCCGAUCAAAUCCGACGAUGCUGGACUGUACAUGUGCCAGGUGUCGACGCAUCCUCCGCGAGUGUUUGCAACGAAUCUGACCGUCUUGGAACCAGCCGUAAGAAUAGUGGACGAGAUGGGCUACGAGUUCUUCGACCGUUACUACAAAUUGGGCAGCACGAUCGAGAUAUCCUGCCAAGUGUCGACGUCGUAUCUGGCGAGUCUUCCGCCCAGUUCCAAGUCCGUCGCCCAACAGCAACGCUCGAGGACUUCUGUUGGGGCACAGGCGAACACGUUGGACGAGAUGGCGAAACAAGGCACCAAAACCACCAAAGACGAUAACAAACUGUUGGAUUCGACGGAGAGAGGGUUGAUAAGCUGGACCAAGGAUGGCGCCGAGUUGCCGAAGGACGUCAAGAUGAGUUUUAGCGGCACCAAGCAGUGGCUCAUCAGCCGGAUAUCGAUUCUGCAGGCAAAUCGUGUCCACAAUGGCGUCUACAACUGUACCGUUGCCGGCAGGCAGAGUCGGUCGGCUCAGGUGCAGGUUCUGAACGGUGAAACUCCGGCCGCUGUUCAGCAUAAUUUUGGCCAUCGCAAAGAGACAUUUGUGCUGUUCGGCAUCCGCUCCACCAUGGUGGCAAUAAGCUGGUGCGCACUGCUAAAACUGAGCUGGUGGCAACUGUGCUGUUAA